GAGAGGCUCGGACUAAUAGAAGUCGCCCAUGUCCCCACCCGAAGCCGGGAUCGGCGACGAAGAGCCGACACGCCUAUAAGUCAGGAAGCUCUUCAUUCAACAGGUAUGAUCGGAUAUCGACACCGAGCAUUCCUUCGACCCUCACCGACUGAGCCUUUUCCGAGUUGGACCUCCAGCUCCGGGCCAGCGAAAACACCCGUUGCCUUCGAGCUGCCAAUCGACUCAACAUGAAGGCCUCGAGACUCCUCGCCAGAGCCAGCCAGGGCGUGCCAGCGCUCCACCGCACCACGCAGCCGCCUCCCGUAAUUUCCCGCGCAUUAUCAUCGUCCUCUCGCACCACCACCGCCCGCUCCUCGAGAAUAUUAGCAACCCCACAGCCCCAUCCUCGACAAUGUGCGCUCUCCAGGGGCCCAGUUCUCGCCGUCCGGGGCAGUUGGGGUUAUGCGUCCAGCCCGGGGAGCUCGGAGGCAGCACCCCCCUUGCAGAAGACGGCUCUGUACGACUACCACAUCGCCCACGGCGCCAAGAUGGUACCAUUCGGCGGCUACCACAUGCCGGUGCAGUACGCGGGCCAGAGCGUCGUAGCCGAGCACCACUUCACGCGGAGAUACGCAUCUCUGUUUGACGUCGGGCACAUGGUGCAGCACCACUUCAGCGGGCCCGGUGCGACCGACUUCUUGCAGCUCGUCACCCCGGCGGGACUGGAGGCGCUGGCCGCGCACCACAGCACGCUGAGCGCGCUCCUGUGGCCCGACACCGGCGGCAUCGUCGACGACACCAUCAUCACGCGGCUGGGGCCGGAUAAGUUCUACGUCGUAACCAACGCGGCCUGCCGCGAGAAGGACCUCGCGUACUUCUCCCAGCAGCUCUCGCAGUGGCGCGCCCACGGCCACCCCGAAGUGACCCACGAGGUCCUCGAGGGCCGCGGCCUCGUCGCCCUGCAGGGCCCGCUCGCCGAGCGGAUCCUCUCCGAUGUCCUCGCCGCUGACCCCGCCGUCAACCUGCGGGAGCUGUACUUCGGGCAAUCGCGCACGGUGCAGGUGCGGGCGGCCGACGGCCGCGUGAUAGCGGACGUGCUCGCCAGCCGCGGCGGGUACACAGGCGAGGACGGGUUCGAGCUCUCGGUCGCGGGGCCGGACACGGUGGCUUUGACGGAGGCGCUGUUCGCCGCGGCGGGGCCGCAGCGGCUGCGGCUCGCGGGGCUUGGUGCGCGCGACAGCCUGCGCCUCGAGGCGGGUAUGUGCCUGUACGGGCACGACCUCGACGACACGACGACGCCGGUCGAGGCCGGGCUCAGCUGGAUCAUCGGGCGGGACCGGCGGACCGGCGCAGCGGCGGGGUUCCACGGCGCGGACAAGAUCCUCCCGCAGCUGACGCCCAAGAGCAAGGGCGGGACGGGCGUCACGCGGCGACGCGUCGGGCUCCUCGUCGAAGGCGCGCCGGCGCGUGAGGGGGCACCCAUCGUGGCGAGCGCCGACGCAGGCGCCGAGGUGCUCGGCGCCGUGACGAGCGGGUGCCCGAGUCCCACGCUCCGCGCGAACAUCGCCAUGGGAUACGUCCGCGACACCUUUUUCAAGGCAGGUACGGAGCUGGCGGUGGUAGUGCGCGGCCGCGCGCGCAAGGCCGUCGUCACCAAGAUGCCGUUCGUGCUCACGAAGUACUGGAGGGACACCGUGCCGGCGUAGGCAGGCGAACCCUCUAGAGGCGAGGCUGGGGGUCGCAGGGAUACUCAAAGUGAGUGUCCUCACCCCACGAGUAUAUACCCGCGUAAAGGAGAGAGGGGAGAAAGGGAGAAAGGCAACGGGGAGCCUCACAACGGAUAAAGAGGUGAGAGAGAGCAUAGGACGAGAACGAGCUAGAUUCUCUUAUUUGCCUUGUCAUUGAGUGGCGUAGAGGAGAAGGGUAGAGGGAGGGGGGCCAAGCUUGUCUAGGAUGGUCAUUCCUCGACACUUCAACAACGGACGGACUCAAUAGGAUUAAUCUCGAUGGUCUAGAGACUCUCGAGGAGAGGUUGGGGGUGGAGUGGAGAGGGGGGUGAGGGGGGAAUUUCUGAUAGAUCAGAAAUAUAGAUAGAUACCUUCAACCCGAGAUCUACUAUAUACAUGUCAC